AUGAACACAGCCCUUACGCAUUCCCCCUCCUCUCCCACCAUUCCCCUUGGCCUUCCCCCUUGCAACCCUUCACAAACCAACUCUCUCCAGGCGACCAGGUGGCUGCUAUUCACAGAACAGGCCCCUCUCGCCUGGCUGCACUCUCUUGAACAUACACACCCUCCCUUACGCAUUCCCCCCUCCCUCUUCCCCCCCCACACACCCUUUCCCACCCUCCCUAAUCCCUUGCCCGGCGACCAGGCGACCAGGUGGCUGCUAUUCACGGAGCAAGCCCCUCUCGCCUGGCUCCACUUCUUCUUCUGCGCUCUCCUCGGAAUGCUCUCCUCCAUCCUCCUCCUCCUCUCCUCCUCCCUCCUCUCCGCCCCGCACCUCCCCCCCGUCCGCUCCCUCGCAAUCGCCUCCUCCUCCGGCCACGCCUCCAACAUCUCCUCCGGACUCGCCCUCGGGAUUGCCGCCGCCGCGCCGCCAGCUGUCAUCGUGGGAUUGGCCGUGGCGGCGGCGGUGUGGCUGGGGCGGAAUUCGGGUCUGGUGGAUGGGAAGGGGGAGCCGGCAGGGGGGCUGCUGGGGCUGGCUGUGGCGGUGAUGGGCAUGCUCAGCAGCGGGUGCUUCUCCCUCACCACGGAUCUGUUUCAGCUGGCUGUUUCACACGCCGGCCUGCUCUGUAAAAUGAUGGCACAGGUGGGUGUGGGAUCAACCAAGGUCAGUCAAGGGGAUUGGUGGAUCGGAAUAGGCGGGAGAGCUGGUGAAGGGGGGGGGUUGGGGGAGCUUGUGGGGGGGCUGCUGGGGCUGGUGGAUGGGAAGGGGGAGCUGGCGGGGGGACUGCUGGGGCUGGCUGUGGCGGUGAUGGGCAUGCUCAGCAGCGGGUGCUUCUCCCUCACCACGGACCUGUUUCAGCUCGCUGUUUCACACGCCGGCCUGCUCUGUAAAAUGAUGGCACAGGUGGGUGUGGGAUCAACCAAGCACCAGAAGCAGCAGCAGCAGGGGCAGAUGCAACAGAUGCAGGAGUUCAGCCUGGGCCCGGCAGCACAUGAUGUGAUGCAGCAGGACGCACAUGGCAUGGCAGCACAUAACGUGGCAUCACAUGGCAUGGACGCAUAUGGCAUGGGUAUGCAGGAUGGAAGCGGCAUCACUUCAGACCAUAUGGGAGCAGCAGCAGGAUCACCGCAUCUGCUGCAACAACCUUUAUCCUCAGACCCGGCAGCAGCAGCAGCGGGAGGCGGGGGGACAGGAGGAGAGGUGGCAACAGGAGACCCUGAGGAGAGGUCCUCGUUACAGUCGUCGUCACUACAAUCCUCUGCGCUUCCACCCCACGCCCCCUCAUCAUCAGCAGCGGCGUCACCAGCAGCGGCCGCGGCAGCGGCUGCUGCUGCAGUGUUACGGACGCCAGUCAGUCCCUUGGAGGCAGCAGCAUCAGCUGUAGCGUCAGCUACUCGGGGCAUGGGGUGUGGUGCCUCCUCGCUCUGCUCUCUGCUGCUUGUGCACGCCUUUGUGGCCCUUGUCUCCUCUUACUCCAGCACAGCGCUGCACAAUCACAGCGCUGCACAAUCACAGCGCUGCACAAUCACAGCACUGCACAAUAUUGACCUGUUGCGGCCAGAGCUGCUGGUGGCGUGCAUGGCGAGGGCAGCAAUGGUGGUGGGAUUUGUAGCGAUGGCAGCAGGUGGUCCAGUUGCUGGUAGCAUGCAUGGUGGGGGCAGCAGUGGUGGUGGGAGGUGUUGUGGCGAUGCCAGGCGGAGUUACUUGUUUUUAAACGAUACUCGUGCCACUCCCGUCCCUCUGCCGCAUUCUUGCCAACAGAUUGACUUGCUGCGGCCAGAGCUGCUAGUGGCGUGCAUGGUGGGGGCAGCAGUGGUGGUGGGAGGUGUUGUGGCGAUGCCAGGCGGAGUUACUUCUGCUAGUGGCGUGCAUGGUGGGGGCAGCAGUGGUGGUGGGAGGUGUUGUGGCGAUGCCAGGCGGAGUUACUUGUUUUUAAACGAUACUCGUGCCACUCCCGUCCCUCUGCCGCAUUCUUGCCAACAGAUUGACUUGCUGCGGCCAGAGCUGCUAGUGGCGUGCAUGGUGGGGGCAGCAGUGGUGGUGGGAGAGCUGCUAGUGGCGUGCAUGGUGGGGGCAGCAGUGGUGGUGGGAGGAGUGGCGAUGGCAGGAGAGCUGCUAGUGGCGUGCAUGGUGGGGGCAGCAGUGGUGGUGGGAGGCGUGGCGAUGGCAGGUUCGGGGGUGACGCGGUGCACGGCCAUUGUUGUGCGAGAGGGACGCAGACACCUGCACCACCGAGCUGAGGAGAAGCAGGCAUACCCGAGGGCGCCCAUGGUACUGGAUGAUCCAUCUCGCUUCGUGGGUGCAGUGGCGGCUGUGCAGGCGCCCAUGGUACUGGAUGACCCGUCUCGCUUCGUGGGUGCAGUGGCGGCUGUGAGCCUCAGGGAGCUGCUGCUGCCAGGCCUGCUCGCUGUCGCUGCUCCAAUCGCCAUGGGCAUCAUAGUGCGGUCAGUAGGCAAAGCCACCCUCCAGCCUCUCUUGGGAGCACGGGCGGUGGCGGCGCUGCUUCUAGUCGCGGUGCUGGUGACGCUGCUCCUGGCAGCGCUCUUCAACGGGGCUGGCAGUGCGUGGAGGGGCGCCAGGGACGUGGUGGAAGCAGGGCACUUGGGAGGGCCGGGGAGUGAAGCACACAAAGCCACCAUCACUGGCGACACGGUUGGUGGUACUCUGCGGGAGACGCUAGCACCCACACUUGACAUCCUGCUCAACCUGCUUGCUACAGCUGCUCUAGCGGCUGCUCCCCUCACCGCCAUGUUAGCAGCGCGCGCAGCCACGCCCGCUGCGCAUUCGUGCCACCCCGGGCUCCAAGCAGCCAUGGCGCCCGUGCGCACCUUCGCCGCAAGUUCCCACUCGCUACCCAUUCCUUCCCCACAACGGCUUCCUGCGCGCUUUGAAGCGCAAAGCCGCGUCGCCUCCGUCUCUGGAGUGCGCGCGAGGCGCGCUGGGGGAUUGCGGAUACGAGCCAUGGCGGAGAAACCAGACGACAACAACCCGAGCAACCCCUCCACUGAGUCGCAAUUCAUGCGCGAAUUGCGGCGGCGCCGCGCGGCCCAGUCCUCCAACAGCCAAUCAGACCCUGCCAGCAAGGCACCCGGCGCAGAAGCGGGGAGCGGAGGGGCGGGGGGAAGUGGCGCGGGAGGGGGGCCGGGAAUGCGCGACCAGCGGGCGGUUUCAAACGCGCUUAACAGUGAAGGGCUGGAGGGCCUACCAGCACGAGCAGCUGAACUGCUGAAGCUAGGGUUCUCCUUCUAUCUACCGCUCUGGCCCUUUGCUCUCGCCAUUAUCACUGUCUUCACCGCUAUGUACCUGUUUCUGGGAUCAGACUUUGUGCAUCCGGGCAAGAGUUACGGGGAGGGCCGGCAACCCCCGAGCUACAUCGACCCAUAUGCGCUGCUGGAGGAGGAAGAGAAACACAUGGAGCGAAUUCCUUAUGAUAUGAGCACGUACCUAAAGGAUAACUACGAUCCUGAGCUGGAUGGGUGA